AUGCAGAGUCAGAAUAAUUACCUUAGGCAAUGGCUGCCAAAGCAGAAAUCAUAUCUCUAUCACCUCCUAGAUCAAGAAGCUCUGCCUGAAAAUAGGAGAUGCUUCAUUUAUAACCAGAAUGGGGUAUACAAAUGUCAAGAUUGUCUUGGGGAGCCACUCUAUUGCACGGGCUGCUGCAGGAGUCAACAUCAAUACAAUCCUUUUCACUGGAUCAGUUAG